CCAUUCCAACCAUAAGCCAUAAGUUAUACUUGCGGAAUUGUGAGGUACUUAGUAAGCAACAAUAAGCUUAUAAGCUGCGGAGAAAGUGAGCACAUAGCGUCCCUAGCGACGAGAAGUACACGUGGGUAUACAUACGUCAGAUCGCUAAAGUAUAGCAUACAUAAAAGCGACAAUAAUUGAGAUAUAUCAGUUAAAAAACUUAUCGUGAGACUCCGGGAGAAUACAUAAAAAUAAGAUGUGAAAGUAUAUUCAUGGAAAGUAAACAUAUGAAAACAAAUCAAUUCUUUAUCACUAGAGUACUAAGUGCAGUGUAUAUCUAUAUAUGUUAUUCCAAUAAUUAAGCUGCAGAUAAAGAAAAAAAGCGAAAAAUACGAGUAUAAGAUAAGAAUUGGUCAGUCAGUGAUUACUUCUCGUUCGGGGGUUUCUCAUCAGUUUUUGCUCUCGAUAAAAUGCUCGACUAUCUAGACAGAGGCAUCGAGCACGUCCUUAUACACUACCGCUGGCUAUUCGUCGUGUUCUUUCUUCUACCGAUUUCGGUGGUCUACGAAGUCUUCAUCCUCGCGAGAAACUGGCUGGUCUUCAAAUUGAACACUGCACCUCUGCAGCAUGACAAACGUGUCCGAGAUGUCCAGAGACAAGUCAGGGAGUGGAAGGCGACGGCCAGCGAUAAGCAAAUGUGUACCGCCAGACCGGGAUGGCAAACCAUGAGCUUCAGGGUGGGCAGGUACAAGUCGACCAUGUUCAACGUCAAGGUGGAUAUGUAUGAUAUUUUGGAGAUCAAUACGGAUAAGAAGUAUGUCAGAGUAGAACCGAUGGUGACGAUGGGUCAGCUGUCGAGGGCGCUUAUCCCACUAGGAUGGAGCAUACCGGUAGUGCCGGAAAUCGACGACCUCACAGUCGGUGGUCUGAUCAACGGUGCCGGAGUCGAAACUAGUUCGCACAAGUACGGCCUGUUCCAACACACCUGCCGAUCAUUCGAGAUUGUCCUGAGCGACGGAUCGGUAGUGAAGUGUAGCCGCGAAGAGAACAGCGACCUGUUCUACGCGUUGCCCUGGUCCCAUGGAACACUGGGUUUUCUCGUCUCAGCCGAGAUCGACAUCAUACCGGCGAAGAAGCUCGUCGAGCUUCACUACCAGCCGUUCACUUCGAUGGAACGUCUCUGCGACGCUUUUCGCAAAGCCAGCAACGAUAAGAGCAAUGACUUUGUCGAGGCACUCGUGUUCUCCUUGGACCGUGGAGUCGUCGUGACAGGUGUUAUGGUGGACGAUGACGGUAGCAAAAAAGUCAACGCGAUCGGUCGCUGGUACAAGCCCUGGUUCUUCGAGCACGUGAAGAACGGACCGACUUCCCCCGAAUACAUACCCCUUCGUGACUAUUACCACAGGCAUACCAAGUCCCUGUUCUGGGAACUCCAGGAUAUCGUUCCGUUCGGCAACAAUCCCCUGUUCAGGUUCUUCUUGGGCUGGACUAUGCCACCGAAGGUCUCCUUACUAAAACUUACGCAGACGAAAGCCGUUAAAAGACUCUACGAAAAGUCGCACAUCAUUCAGGACAUGCUGAUUCCUAUCGAGAAGCUCGAAGAAGCCAUAAAACUGUUCCACAUGACGGUGGAGGUUUACCCCAUCUGGCUCUGCCCGUUCAAAUUGACCCCGGAACCGGGUUUCGUUCACUCUCGUGACUCCAACGAAGAUAUGUACGUCGACGUCGGAGUCUACGGUGUUCCUCGAACCUCCGACUACGAAGCCGCCAGAACAACUCGAGUCAUCGAAAAGGUCGUCGGCCAGUUCAACGGAUACCAGAUGCUCUACGCCGAUACCUACACCACCAGGGAUGAAUUUAGAAAAAUAUUCGAUCACACGUUGUACGAUAAGAUGAGGAAACAGCUCGACUGCGAGAAAGCUUUCCCGGAGGUGUACGGGAAGGUCAAUAAAAAUGCGCGAAAGUGAUAUGUAUAUAUGAUUGUUAUAUAGCUGUACGUACGUAUUGGAUGACAAUAAAGUUGCUGCUGAUGGAAUGAA